GGAAAUUAUAUUGAUUCAGAAGCUGUUAAAGGAGAGGUGCUAAAAGUCGGAAAUAAAAGCUGUGAAAACCUCCUCCUGCAGUCGGAAUCAAUUCUGUGUACAGUUCCCAGCGAUCUCCUGAAAUCCAACGGCGAGCUAAAUAUAGAGUGGAAGCAAGAAGUUUUGUCAACAGUUAUCGGAAAAGUGCUGAUUCGGCAAGAUCAGAAUUUCACAGGACUAAUUGCUGGAGUUGUUUCAACAUCAGUUUUAAUUUUUAUCUUUUUGGUGUUUUUCCUCUGGAGAAGGAAGAAGAAACAAAUUAAAGAUCUGGGAAGCGACCUAGUGCGCUAUGAUGGCAGAGUGCACACUCCUCACCUGGACAGGCUGGUGAGCGCAAGGAGUGUAAGUCCAACGACAGAAAUGGUUUCAAGUGAAUCUGUAGACUACAGAUCAACUUUUCUAGAAGAUCAGUUUCCAAGCAUGUCUCAGAAUGGAUCAUGCAGACCUGCCCAGUAUCCUCACUCUGACCUCUCCCCAAUUCUGUCCAGCGGGGACUCAGAUUUAGCCAGUCCACUUCUCCAAACUAAUGUCCACAUUGACAUCAGUGCCUUAAACCCCGACCUGGUCAAAGAAGUGCAGCAUGUGGUUAUUGGUGCUGACAGCCUGAUUGUGCACUUCAGCGAAGUAAUAGGAAGAGGUGGGUACCACGACUCUUAACCUUGCAAACUGCUGUUCUUUUUGCACACCCAUUCAUUAUAAACCAUUCUGAAUAAGGU